GCUACAUUUUCGUAGUAAUUGAAAGGUAAGUUUAGGUGGGUAUUUUUUUGGAAAGGAGAAUAAACAAGAAUAAAAAGUCAUUAGUCAUCAAAUAGCCGUCUGUGACUACGAACAGGGAAAAAAAAUGGCGGUCGCGGGGAGUGCUUUGAAACGGCAGCAAUUCACCAAAAGUGCCUUUGGAAUUCCUCUCAAAUCCUCAACAUUUUCCCGCAUCCAGCCUCCAGUUUUACACCAGGUGUGUUAUGUGACGGGUGGCCUUGCUAAACUCUAUCAAACCAUUCAUGAUUUGAACAAAGACUGUGCGCAUGACGAGGAGUCACAAUACUUUACUGAUGAAGAUGGCACAUUUAAUCCAACUAAAAAAGUUCCACUGCUGGCUAAGCGAUAUAGUUUCAUCAGGAUUCUUGGUAAAGGUUGCUCAGCUACACUCAUACAAGCUGUGGACACAUUCAGACCUGACUGUCAUCAUGUAGCCAUCAAGGUACUCAAUCAGGAAUACUAUACAUUAGGAUACCAGGAAAGUAACAACAUUGAGAGAUUGAAUCAUGCUGACCCACAGGACUUCUCAGGAACCGUCAGGCUGUUGAAUACUUUUUCAUUUGACGGUCAUUUCUGCCUGGUGUUUGAGCUCCUUCAUCCUAAGCCACUUCAUCAUUAUUUCAAGAGGAUUCCAACUGGAUCAAAGGUAAGAUCUUAAAUCCCUCGAUUAGUU